CAGGUACGGCGUUCGGGGCCCAGGAGUCUGGGCAAUACAGUUGUGUGCUCACUGGAUGAAGAGGCUGACUUAGGGCGGGGAAAAGAGGGAGCCAGGCUGGACCCCUCCCCGCAGCUCUCCUCACAGUUCCCCUCUAGUUCCGGCGCGGCGCUGCUGCCCAGAGGACUGGCCUAUCCUCGGCCAAUCCGCUGGGUCCUUAUUGCCUGUUGGGCCCCUAAUGCGAAUCAGUCCCGCCAGAGACCCUUGACGGGCCUCCUGUUUCACUCUGGGAUCCAGCCUCAUGAGGCGAGAGGUGCGGCUUGGCUCCCUGCAAUAGCGCCAUUUUGCGGUACGGAAGCUACACAGCAACACGUAUAGGAGCCUCUCCCCGAGAUCUUCUAGGGAGCGACCUGUCUGUUUUUGUUUGGGAAGAGGAAACUCCGAAAUGGGAUCGCGGAAGACUUAAAGGGCCAGGCUGAUUUUUUUUUCCUACUGCAGGUCUCUGAGGCUCUGGUUGCUACAGGGUCAUCAGGAGCUUGGCUUGCUUGUCUCAUCCUUCCCUUGCCUGGUAUCAUUUUCUCAGUUCUCACAAAAGCCAUGUCCCGGCCCUUGCUCAUCACCUUCACCCCAGCCACUGACCCCAGCGACCUCUGGAAGGAUGGGCAGCAGCAGCCACAGCCCGAGGAGCCAGAGUCCACCCUGGAUGGGACUGCAGCCCGAGCUUUCUAUGAGGCCCUGAUUGGGGAUGAGAGCAGUGCUCCUGACUCCCAGAGAUCUCAGACUGAACCUGCCAGAGAAAGAAAGAGAAAGAAAAGAAGAAUAAUGAGGGCACCUGCAGCAGAAGUAGUGGCAGAAGGAGCAUCAGGAAGACAUGGACAAGGGAGAUCCCUUGAGGCUGAGGAUAAGAUGACUCACCGGAUACUGAGGGCAGCCCAGGAGGGGGACCUGGCAGAACUUAGGAGACUGCUGGAGCCGCAUGAGGCAGGAGGAGCUGGGGGAAAUAUCAACACCCGGGAUGCCUUCUGGUGGACCCCACUGAUGUGUGCUGCUCGAGCGGGCCAGGGGGCAGCUGUGAGCUAUCUCCUGGGCCGUGGGGCUGCCUGGGUGGGGGUCUGUGAGCUGAGUGGCAGGGAUGCGGCUCAGCUCGCUGAAGAAGCUGGCUUCCCUGAGGUAGCCCGCAUGGUCAGGGAGAGCCAUGGAGAGACAAGGAGCCCAGAGAACGGGUCUCCCACUCCCUCCCUCCAGUACUGCGAGAACUGUGACACCCACUUCCGAGAUUCCAACCACCGCACAUCCACUGCUCACCUGCUGUCACUGUCCCAGGGUCCUCAGCCUCCCAACCUUCCACUUGGGGUGCCCAUCUCCAGCCCGGGCUUCAAACUGCUGCUGAGGGGGGGCUGGGAGCCAGGAAUGGGGCUGGGACCCCGGGGUGAGGGCCGUGCCAACCCCAUCCCCACUGUCCUCAAGAGGGACCAGGAAGGACUAGGCUACAGAUCAGCACGCCAGCCCCGAGUGACACAUUUCCCAGCUUGGGAUACCCGAGCUGUGGCUGGGAGGGAGAGACCCCCUCGGGUGGCCACACUGAGCCGGAGGGAGGAGAGAAGGAGGGAGGAGAAAGACAGGGCUUGGGAGCGGGAUCUAAGGACUUACAUGAACCUCGAGUUCUGACUUUGGUAAAGUCUGACCCUGGUCUGCUGCUGAAGUCUGAACUUGGGCCUCUGACCUGGGCCCUUUGACUUCCCCUUCCUGGGAUCUGCUUGGGUGCAGAUCCUCAAGUUUUUGGUCAGUGGGCGUUGUCUUUGUGAGAGACAGGCUGAGAGUGAGAAAUAAAUCAACCUUUUGUGGUUUA